AUGACGAGCGAAGCCGCCUUGACUCGCGUUAGUCCCAUUCUGACGUUCCUCCGUUUGGGAGGCGCCGAUCAGUCACGGUCGAUUCUUCCUUUCCUUCCUCGCUCGCUCCGAUACCUAUUGCUUGUGAUUCUGCUCGUUAACUAUCGGGCUCUUCCCUUCGUCUGGCAUCUGAGGACUUUCGGCUCUGUCAUUCAGGUCCGAUUGCAAGGAUUGUUCAAAUGGUUCAAUCACGAUAAGCGUAGACGAUUCGUGGAGCAUCUUUCUCCCAUAGGAGAGGAUCCCUUUGAGCUCACGGUUACCUAUGCAACUACCGUGGGGCUCUCGGAUUGUGACUAUAACGGCCAUCUAAGCAACUCUGCGUACGCUAAGAACUUGGACUACGCACGAAUGAGAGCUGCGGUUAUUUGCUUCCCAAGUAUCCUUGAAGCCAAGGGGUGGCUAGGAUUGGGGACAUCCCACUUUCACUUUAUUCGUGAAAUUCCUCUCUGGACACAAUACGAAAUCCGAAUUAAUAUCGCUUCAUGGGAGGAUAAAUGGCUUAAUCUCGUCGUUCAAUUUGUGACU